UGAAGAAUGCUGUCUUUGUUCCAGUAUGAUAACGGGAUCUGAGAAUUAAAUAGGCACUGCCAAACCUCCGUCGACUCUUUAUCGAGUCACGAACAGAUGACGAAGAACGGGAUGUCUCCAGAAAAGCGGUGGGUCGUCUUCCAGUGUGUCUCAGCGACACAUACUGAUCGAAAGCAGUUCUAUAACGCCGUCCUUUUCAUGGGAUCAAUUGCUGUUUUCAGUCUUAUCGCACAAAGGCUAAACGCUGGUAAAUGAUGAAGAGAUCAUCAUCAUUAUUCAUUUAAAGGUGUCAUACGUAUAACUAGA